AUGUCUGAGAUUGCCCAGUGUUUAGAGCGCGAAGUUACUAACCGGAAGGUCCGUGGUUCGAACGCCACCCCUGCCUCAAGACUUUCCCUGUCUAGACUUGGACAACCUGACAGUAUCCCAGCCCUCGUCCUUCCUUCGGGCGGCAUGGCAGCUAGGCACCGGAAGGUUGUUACAGCUGAGCUAUUAUUAUUAUUAUUAUUAUUAUUAUUCCUAUUAUUAUUCCUAUCGAGUUCAGAUAGAUUUGUGAUGAGGAGGGGCGUCGGAAUCGGUGCUAUCAGGAAUCAGGAGUUACUUGCAGCUAGGUUCAAGGAAAAGGGUCAAGAGUUAUCGGAAAAUCAACUCUCCACUUUGUCCCGACAACUGUCUCGACUUCGCGAAUCCCUUGAGGCAUUUGCUGCAAAGCAUGGACAUAAAAUAAAGAGCGAUCCACAUUUCAGACGGGAAUUUCAGGCGAUGUGCAGCAGCAUCGGUGUGGAUCCGAUUGCCUACAGUCGGGGCUGUUGGACACAGGCUCUUGGUCUUGGUGAAUUUUACUAUCACCUUGCAAUUCGGAUCAUUGAGGUAUGCAUGGCCAAUCAACAGCGAACCGGGGGCAUAAUGCCCCUCACAGAGCUGGUUUCACAACUUAACGCCUUCAAAAGUUCGCAUAUGUCUGAAGUCACAGCUGACGAUGUCCAACGUUCAGUCAGGAAGCUUCGGUGUCUAGGUACCGGUUUCACGUUGUUUUCUCUUCCAGGAGGUCUCCCCCUGGUCCAGUCCGUCCCUGGCGAGAUGGGCUCCGACAAAACUAGCGUGCUCGGACUCGCGGAAUCUACUGACGGGCACACCACACUGAGUGCCUGCACAAAACACUACCAGUGGUCUGAGGAUCGUGCUCGAUCCGCACUAAACCAACUCGUUCAAGAGGGGAUGGCGUGGGUUGAUGAUUUGGACCCUCAAGGAGAACGGGUAUUCUGGUUCCCAAGCCUCGUCAAAACGUGGUGCUCUCCCGGUUGAAUACUCCUCGUCACACCACCAUUUCACCUAUUUUUCUGAUGACGGCAAUCGAGUUAUGUCAACAAUUUUACCUUUCUUGUGGAUGUUGUGCAAAAGUUUGAGACCUGACCCCUUCGGUUGGCCAGAGCUUGAGCUUAUUUCCUCCACAACCGCGGCUAAUCUUUUCGGCUCCUCUAAAACUUGUUAUUAUUUUACCUGAAUAUAUGCGCUCGUCAUACUGUGAUCUUAAACAAUGGAAUUACU